AUAACACUUGCAGGACGUAGGCCCACUAUUACGAGAGUAUUUAAUUUCGAGAUAUUUAAGGGGUCAAUAGGUUAAGCGGUCAGGAGAUUUGUGGGUGUUUCAGCGUCACAUGGGGAAGUUAUUCACUUUGAUGUAUGUUUGAAUUUUGGACGAUGAGUACGAUGUCACAUGGUGGUUCUGGAGACGGGCUUGGUGACGCACCCAUUGUUUCCAUAUCGGACACACAGACCUGGGAAAAAGAUAAAAAAUUUGUGGUCUACAAGGUGGUUGUCAAUGCAGACGGGAAGUCAUGGUUCAUCUUCAGGCGUUACAAUGAAUUCCAUACACUCUUUGAAAAGAUUAAACGGAUUUAUCCUGACUCCAAUCUAAAGCUUCCUGGAAAGAAGAUAUUUGGAAACCUCGACCCCGAUUUCAUCCGACACAGGCGCGAGGGACUGGACAACUUCAUUCAGAAGUUAAUCAGCACACCGAAGCUCUCACAGCAAGCUGAAGUGCGGACAUUCCUGUCUCUAGACAACCCACGAAAUGUGCAGGAACGAGUCACGUCGGAUCAUUUUGACGAUUCAGACAUGAUGAACAGCAAAGAUGCUAACCCAGUUAACCUGGGUCCAAGUGAAAAGCCAAGCGUCCGUCCAAGUGAUUUUGAGUUUUUAAAAGUCAUUGGAAAAGGAAGUUUUGGCAAAGUCCUUCUAGCGAAACAUCGAACGGAAGGAGAGGUUUAUGCAAUAAAGGUGCUGCAGAAACAGGCCAUUAUGAAGCGGAACGAGGCCAAACAUAUCAUGGCUGAGCGAAAUGUCUUGUUGAAGAAUGUCAAGCACCCGUUUCUCGUUGGCCUGCAUUAUUCAUUCCAGACAGCCGACAAGUUAUACUUUGUGCUCGACUAUGUCAAUGGUGGAGAGCUGUUUUUCCAUCUACAAAGAGAACGCUAUUUCCCAGAACAACGUGCCAAAUUUUAUGCUGCCGAAAUGGCAAGUGCAAUAGGCUAUUUACAUUCCCUGAAUAUUAUUUAUAGAGAUCUCAAACCAGAAAACAUUUUACUGGAUUCUCAGGGACAUGUAGUGCUGACUGAUUUUGGCUUGUGUAAAGAAGGAAUCGAGGGCAUGGGCACCACAUCUACUUUCUGUGGCACGCCUGAGUACUUAGCCCCUGAAGUGUUGAGAAAGCAGCCCUAUGACAAGACGGUAGACUGGUGGUGUCUGGGAGCCGUGCUCUACGAGAUGAUGUAUGGGCUGCCUCCGUUCUACAGUCGCGACACGGCCGAGAUGUAUGAUAACAUCCUCUUCAAACCGCUCCGACUAAGAACUAACGUCUCAUACUUUGCAAGGCAGAUUUUAGAGGGGUUGUUGCAGAAAGAGAAGGACAGUCGACUUGGUGCCAAAAAAGAUUUUCAAGAAAUCAAAGGACAUGACUUUUUUGAAAGUAUAUCAUGGGACGAUCUCUACGCAAGGAAAAUAAAACCUCCAUACAAUCCAAAUGUUAGUGGACAAUUAGAUCUCAAACACUUUGACCCUGAAUUUGUGAGAGAGCCCGUCCCAGCUUCUGUCGGUCGGUCCGUGGGGAGCUGUAAAAUGGUUAGUGCUAGCGUUGUGGAGGCAGACGGCGUGUUCGAAGGAUUCUCGUACGUCCCGCCGGCCGAAGACGCGUUUGGAUGAUCUCUGUGAUGUGUAGACGAAAGACUGUGUACAUAUGUGUGUGUAAAAUAUGCAGCAUUGAAUGUGGACAAAACAUUUCUCGGACAUUUUGUCACUUGGGAGCAAAAUGUCUGUUAGCAUUAUCUUGUCAUGAGCAGUGAGAAUCCCCUAGUCCUAAUAUAUUGCACAAUACAAACGGGUUUCAGUGUACUGUGACAACACACUGAGCAUUAUGAAUGGUGUAUACUGAGAGACAAGAUCACUCAGUUACAUUUGGUUGCUUUAUGUGACUAAACUAAGUUUUCCUAAGUAUAUAUAUUAUGAAAGAGAAAAUCAAACUUUCAACAAAAAUAUCAGUCUAUGUUUUAGUAUAUUUCUUGAAUGAAAGGUACUUAUAUUAAGCUCUAAGCACAAUGAAAAUUAGCAUUAUAUUAGCUUUGAUUUGACAGUAAACUCUGCUAUUUUCGUAUAUUCAAAUGUGGUAUUUUCUUUUUGUCCCUUGGUAUAAAAUGUACUGUAGGUAUAAAUAAGAGAUACUGGCCUUGGUGGCACAGUGGUUAAGCCAUCAGAUAGAUACUGGGUUCGCCUCCUGGCACCAGCUCCCAACCAGAGCAAUGAAUAAAUGAAUGUUUAAUGAAACCCCAGCACGAAAAAUACAUCAGCUGUUGGGUGUCAAUUUAAUGACUCUGUGGGUAGGUGUAAGGCCAUGACACUGUCUUCUCUCUCACUAAUCACUAAAUACUAACCACUGUCCUGGAUAAACAGUCCAGAUAGCUGAGGUUUGUGUCUAGGACAGCACGCUUGAACCUUAAUUAACUAUAAGCAAGAAAAUAUCUAUAAAUGAAUGAAACCAAGAGGUACAGAGAAAGAGCUACUAAUAAAUGACUUGAAAUGGUCUGAUAAAUUCAUAUACCUUGGGUCUUACAUUUAUUUUAUAAUCUAAACCUUUUAUGGCCACAUGUAAAAUAUAGCAUUUCUGUUUUUAUUUUAUUUGUUCCUUUUUUCCCCUGUACAUUUUAUUUUUACUCCAGAAAAAAACAGUCUGACUUUGUCAUAUUUGUAUUUGGUUUUUAAUUUGCUUGUAUGUAACGUUGUAGUUUAUGUACGGUGUAUGUUACAGUGAAAACAGCACAAAACAAUCACCAAUCAAAAUAUCACAGGCAAAUUCCUCAUAAAACAUCAGUCCCCAUUAGCUUCCUUUUAGGAAGGCUUUUAGUAGAUGGGGAAUGUUGUCAAGUGUAAUACUGAAUUUGCUUGUGUUGUGACUUUCUCUAGUCUUAAUUUUGUGAAUUAUGACUCUCUUACAAUUGUUUAGCAAAGAUUUGCUUUUUUUCACAGAGACCACACAUCUCGAUCAAUAAUUGUAAUACUGAAUUUGCUUCUGUUACAAAGUUGUCUAGUCUUAAUUAUGUGAAUUAUGAAACACUUACAAUUGUGUUGCAAAGAUUUGCUUUUUUCUUCGAGACACAUAUUUUUAUCAGUAAUUGAAGUUAGUUUUAGAACAGGAAAGCACAUGAAAUAUUUAUUAAACCUGGCUCUAUAGAGUUUAGCUUUAAAACAUGAGAUAGUGAAUGCAUACCAACAAAAAUAGAAACGUUAUGGUCAGAUCACCAAGACAGUGUAUGGAAUUGUGGUAUACAAACUACAAAAACAGGCACAGCACUUAAAAUAUACAUAACUUAUCACAUAUAAAGCAUUUAAAAUAUACAUAACUUAUCACAUACAAAGCACUUAAAAUAUACAUAACUUAUCACAUACAAAGCACUUAAAAUAUACAUAACUUAUCA